AUGGCUCUCCGGGCACUCCUUGGCCUGGCCUUCUUCAGGUCCAAACUGGGCUGGGCCUCGGAGGGAAGCCCCUCCGCUGACUGCUUGCUGCAGAAGCAGAGGUCUGUUUUCAGAGAUGACGCCAGCCGUCAAUUCAGUGACCUACAUGGAGACCUACAGGGACAGGCUCUGUCUAAAAAGAUCGCAGCGCUCGCCGACUCCAUGGAACCCGGCGUCACAAGGGAUCUCCUGAACUCCUUCCGCAUCUGCGGCUCCUGCAAGGACUUCCGCCGCUUUGGUGAGCACCUCGACGGCGGGUAUUUGAUCUGCAUGGACCACUUGGCGAAGGGGGAUAUCCAAGCAGCAUAUUCCAUGGGCAUCGACGAUCACGACCUCUGGUCUAAAGAUAUCUACACGAACUACGGCGUGCCUGUCUUCCAGUACGACUGCACCGUGGAUAAGGCUGCCCAGGACUGCGACAGCUGCAGCUUCUAUAAAUCUUGCCUCAAGGGCGAGGACGAUGGUGUUGAGGAUCCCAUGAACCUCACGCUGAAGCAGGUC